CACAUUUUGUGCCCGUUCAGUCCGGUACUUCCAGGCUUUCAUCAACUGUCAAUAACCAAAUACCCAAACACGAACCUCGUUUCUCCCAGGCCACCAUGUUCCAAUCAUCCUGCCUGAAGCAGGUCUCUCUCCUACUGUGACACAAUUCACCGUGCUAUAAAGAAUACAAAAUCCAAUUCUUGCCGGACGUGUGUUGACGUCGGUUAUCACCGGCCGAUCGCUGUUUCCGGUCCACUCAUGUGUGAAGAUGGACAUUGAAAGUAGUGCAGAGUUGAAUGAAAACCCUCAAAUGCUUCCACCUCCACCUGGAACUUUUGUAGAUCGUGAAGAACUUAUACAACAUGUCGGAGACUUUGCUGUAUCUCAGGGAUAUGUGGUAACUAUUAAGCAAUCUAAGAGAGACAGAGUAGUAAUACUUGGAUGUGACAGAGGAGGUGUUUAUCGCAAUAGGCGGAAAGGUAUUGAUGAAUCUCCUGCUGAAUGUACUCGUAAAAGAAAAACUGGUUCUCGUCUUACCAACUGUCCUUUUGAACUUGUGGGGAAGAAGGAUGAUGGAUUGUGGGUGCUUACAAUAAAAAAUGGAACACACAACCAUGAGCCAUUGAAGGAUAUUUCAGAACAUCCUUCCGCCCGUCGCUUCUCGGAACAGGAAGUUCAGUUAAUUAAAGAGAUGACUGAAGCUGGACUAAAACCUCGCCAAAUCCUGAAAAGAUUGAGACAAAGCAACCCAGAUCUUCUAUCCACUCCAAAACACGUAUACAAUGUUAAAGCAAAAAUCCGACAAGGAAAUAUGACAGUAAGACACUUCAGGUCAUUAAGACCAGAGAAAUCUGCUGUUAGGAACAAUUAUCUCUCAGUUACUGAGCCUUCUUGGAGGCAGCGCUGUCCCACAAGGGUUCCAAAUCUCAUUGGUGGCAAAUUUGUUGAUUCACAGUCUUUUGCAUCUAUCGAUGUUAUAAAUCCUGCAACACAACAACUUGUUUCUCAAGUUCCUUUGACUACAAAUGAGGAAUUCAGAGCUGCAGUAUUUGCUGCAAAGCGGGCAUUUCCAUCAUGGAGAAGCACGCCGAUUACCACUCGUCAACGAAUCAUGUUCAAGUUCCAAGAGCUUAUCCGGAGAGACAUUGAUAAGCUAUCCAUUUGCAUUAUUACUGAACAUGGGAAGACUUUAAAAGAUGCAUAUGCUGAUGUGUCACGAGGCCUAGAGGUGGUGGAACAUGCUUGUGGAUUGGCAACUCUGCAAAUUGGAGAAUUUGUUUCCAACGUGUCUAACGGAAUUGAUACCUAUAGCAUUAGAGAGCCUCUUGGUGUUUGUGCUGGAAUUUGCCCAUUUGAGUUUCCAGCUAUGAUACCACUAUGGAUGUUUCCUAUUGCUGUCACAUGUGGUAAUACUUUUAUUCUGAAGCCAUCAGAGAAGGUUCCAGGGGCUUGUCUGUUGUUAGCGGAGUUAGCUAUGGAGGCUGGUUUGCCUAAUGGUGUCUUAAAUAUUGUUCAUGGUACCAAUGACAUUGUUAAUGCUAUUUGUGAUGACAGUGAUAUUAAAGCUGUUUCAUUCGUGGGUCAGAAUUCAGUUGGUGCACAUGUGUAUGCAAGGGCAUCAGCUAAAGGAAAGCGUAUUCAGUCCAAUAUUGGAGCAAAGAAUCAAGCAGUUGUCAUGCCUGAUGCAAGUGUGGAUGCUACUUUGAAUGCUCUAGUUGGUGCUGGCUUUGGUGGUGGAGGACAAAAGUGCAUGGCCCUAAGCUCAGUUGUAUUUGUUGGAGGCCUAAGUCCAUGGGAAGAGAAACUAGUAGAGCGUGCUAAAGCAUUUAAGGUAACUGCUGGAACAGAACCUGAUGCAGAGCUUGGUCCAGUCAUUAGUAAGCAGGCAAAAGAACACAUAUGCUCAUUAAUUCAGGCAAGCAUUGAAAGUGGUGCAAAACUAGUUCUUGAUGGAAGAAAGAUUGAGGUUCCUGGAUAUGAAAAUGGGAACUUCGUGGGUCCUACCAUCUUAUCUGAUGUCACAGUCAACAUGGAAUGCUGCAAGGACGAAACCUUUGGCCCAGUUCUUCUUUGUAUGCAGGCGGAUACUAUUGAAGAGGCCAUAAAUAUUGUUAAUGGAAAUAAGUACAGCAAUGGAGCAUCUAUAUUUACUACAUCCGGUGUUGCUGCAAGAAAAUUUCAGACGGACAUUGAGGUUGGGCAGGUUGGAAUUAAUGUACCUAUCUCAGUCCCGCUGCCAUUCUCUUCGUUUAUCAGCUGCAAGCCAUCUUUUGCUGGAGAUGUCAACUUUGAUGGCAAAGCUGGAAUACAGUUUUACACCCAAGUUAAAACUGUAACUCAACAAUGGAGAGAUUUGCCAAGUGAAGAUUUGUCAGCUGCUGAAUUGCCAAGCUCUUAAAGAUCAUAUUAGAAUGAACAAAAAUCUAGGACUAGUUUUCUUUUUAACAUUUUGGAGUAAAGAAAAUGGCACAGUUUGUUUAUACCAGUGUCCUCUUUUCCAGUUAUUAUCACAUGCAUCCAAUCUCACACUCACAAGGUUUUAUCAUUGUAGGAAGAGCGAACAUGGAAGAUGCAUAGUUUAGAUUGGUUAGCUUUGUAGUGAUGUUGGUGACUAAUUAAACUACAAGGUUUGAUGAUUUUUUAUGUCAAACCUUUUAUCAAUAAAUACUCUCCUUUAUUAUAA